AGCGCAGGGUUUGAACUCUAUUUAAAGCUUCCCGCGUCGGUUGGCGUCACCAGAUCCAACAUGGCGGUUCGAGGGGAAAAAAGAAGGGCGGGAAGCGCAAUGUUUUUCCUCGUUUUUACUCUCGCUCUGCUCGGAGGAUCCUGCUCUGCUCAAAGCCUCCUGGAUCCUAUACCUCGUCAGUGUAGGAAUCUGGGAGACGUCGAGGUGGACAGCUAUACCAAGUCCCCUGCCAGAAUGAACGAGUACCCUGCUGGUGGAAUCCUGAUGACGCUGGCACGCAUUCCAGCUGACUUGAAAGGCACCUUCGAGUUCUACCUUUGCCCUGAAGAAGGAAAUACCCAGCAGGAGGAGUGUCUGUUCAGGAUCCCCCUCCAGUUGGCCGACGUUCGGGACGCAGUUCAAGAUGGACCAGAUCCGCGAGGCGAUUCCUACGAGAUCCCCCUGAUGCUGCCCGACGAAGUGACCUGUGAUGAUUGCGUCCUGCAGUGGCGUGUCGUGACUGAGAACUGUCAGGAUGUCAGCGACUGUGACAUCGUGGACGAGACUUUCUGCGCUGGACGUCAACAUCCGGGAAGUCAAAGAAAACGACAAGAGAUUUUUCCACUUGCUGUUUAACGCACUUUUUGGCAAAUGAACUGACUAACUGGAGACAUGACUGAGUGAGGUGAAUGAGGUACUAACUGGCUGGAGAGAAAAUGGAAGUGACGGCAAAUAAAAUGACUUAUCAUAGAUCUGACUGAGAGAGGUGACUGACUGGAUUGAAAGUAAAGGGAAGUGACUUAGGAAAAUUGAUUGACUGGAGACAUGACUGAGUGAGGUGACUAAGUACUGACUGACUGGAGAGUAAAGGGAAGUGAUUUAGCAAAUUAACUGAUUGAUUUGAGAUCUGAAGUGAUUGAGGUACUGACUGGUUGGAGAGUAAAGUGAAGUGACUUGGCAAAUUAACUGACUAAUUUGAGAUCUGAAGUGACUGAGGUACUGGGAAGAAAGAGUGGUCACCUGGAGACCUGACUGAGUGAGGUGACUAAGGAACUGACUGGUUAGAAAACAAAGUGAAGUGACUGGCAAACUGACUGACUGGAUAUCUGACAGAAUGAAGUGACCAAGGAACUGACUGACUAACCAGAAAACAAAAACAAAAAAAAAAAAAUGAAGUGACUGGGAGAACUAAUAAACAGACUGAAGAUUAGACAAAGUGAAGUGACUGGAAUACGAACUGACUCAAGAUCCGGAUGAAGUGACUGAAAUACUAACUGACUUAAAUGACUAGAAAAAUGACUCAUGAUAUCCGUGUGGAGUGACUUGGAUAACAAAAUGACUGACGGACAAGAAAAUGCCAGUGACGAUGAGAGAACGAAAGAGAGAAAGAAGAAAGAAGAAAAAUGACACAAAAUAAGACGAAAAAAGCGACACAGAUUGGAGGACAAGAAAAUAGAUAAACAGAAGAGAAGCGGGAAGCGCAAAGCAAACAGAAAAACAAAUACAUUAAAUAAAAACAAGAAGAAAACUCAUAAAGAAAAUGUUUCUGAAAAUCGACCAAGAAACAUUUAUAUUCAUUGAAAUGCAAACAAAAUGACAAAGAAAAAUAAAAAUAGGAAAACAAGAAAAAAAAAAGUUUCGAGCUCCAUCAAAACAAGAAAUCAAGAAUCAUUUUUUUCUGUUUUAUUUUCUAAUACAUUUCUAUAGAGGAUAAUUUAAACGUUAUCUUCACAUUACUAAAAAUUGUUCAAAUCAAAAAAUGUCAUUAUUAAGAGAAUGUAUUUGUAGCUGUUAAAUAUCAAACUCAGAGAAAUUUGAGAAAUCUGUACUAAUCAGUAUGUCUAUUUGUCACUUAUUAUUACCAUCGUAUUUUUCUAAUUCUCUUUCGCUCUCUUUAUGGUCAUUUCUUAAAAUUUCACAUUAAACUUUAUUUCCUUUUUGGGUUAAUAAUCUGCUUUUUGUGUUCAUUAAUCUGUCAGACAAAGUCAAAAUUAUGAUUGUAAUAAAAUGAGAGGAAUUUUGAAUAAAGAAAACAGAAUUUA